AUGGGGGGGGAGGUGAGGGCCUUCUGUCUCCGCAGGUUUUAUUGUGACUACUGCGACACGUACCUCACCCACGACUCGCCCUCCGUGAGAAAAACCCACUGCAGUGGCCGAAAGCACAAAGAGAAUGUGAAGGACUACUACCAGAAAUGGAUGGAGGAGCAAGCCCAGAGCCUGAUUGAUAAAACAACGGCUGCAUUCCAGCAAGGGAAAAUUCCACCGACGCCGUUCUCAGCACCACCCCCUGGAGGAGCCAUGAUACCGCCCCCUCCCAGCAUCCCUGGUCCCCCCCGACCUGGCAUGAUGCCGGCCCCUCAUAUGGGUGGGCCACCAAUGAUGCCAAUGAUGGGCCCGCCGCCGCCCGGAAUGAUGCCCGUUGGACCUGCUCCAGGGAUGAGGCCACCGAUGGGAGGACACAUGCCAAUGAUGCCAGGGCCCCCAAUGAUGAGACCGCCCUCAAGACCCAUGAUGGUGCCAACCAGGCCAGGCAUGACCCGCCCAGACAGAUAAAGGUGGAAGUGGAGCUCCGUGGCCUCUUUCGUUUUAUGAUCUUCCACAUGCUAAAAUGCUGUAGACUGAUGUCCUGAGGAUUUUAUAUGAAACCAGUGUGUAGAGGAAAUCUGCUGUUGUUUCAAACUGCAGACGGUUUGACCUAGAUGCACACUGGGCUGAUGCUUUUGUAACUGGUCUGGUUUUUCAUUAUUUUUUUUCCCCGCAUUGAAAUAAAACAUUGAUGCUGGUUUACAUGUGGAGAA